UUUAAAUUUGACCAUGUGUCUAAACCCGAACCCAAUCCCUAACCCAAAAUCAAACUCAAACCUAAACCCAAACACAUUGAGCAUUUGAGUCCUAAGCCCCCAAAUAACAAGCAAAUAAUCACUGUACAAUAUUCUUCCACAUUCUCGGACGCCCAUAACCCAUUACUGACUUCUUUGCAUAUCAUUUCUCAAUCGGAUUUCUUCCAAUUCGAGUCGGACUAUCCAUUAAACUAUGUGGGCAAGCGCCGACGGAGGACCACCGGAGGUCACUAUGGAUACCUCCAUGGGUCCUUUCACCGUUGAGUUGUAUUACAAGCAUGCUCCGAGAACAUGCCGCAACUUUCUGGAACUUUCUCGUCGUGGUUAUUACGACAAUGUCAAAUUUCAUCGCAUUAUCAAAGACUUUAUUGUGCAAGGAGGUGAUCCUACUGGAACUGGUAGAGGUGGUGAAUCCAUCUAUGGUAAACACUUCGAAGACGAGAUAGAUUAUAAGCUGAAGCAUACUGGCGCUGGCAUUUUAUCCAUGGCAAAUGCUGGUCCUAAUACAAAUGGAAGCCAAUUUUUUAUCACUCUAGCGCCUACUCCUUCUCUUGAUGGAAAGCACACAAUUUUCGGAAGGGUUUGCAAGGGAAUGGAGAUAAUCAAGAGGCUUGGUAGUGUCCAGACUGACAACACGGAUAGCUUCUUUCAUUGCAACUUUGGUGGAUCUCGGUAAAGUUAUAGUUCACACAAGGAAUAUGCAUAACAAAGACUCUGACUCACUGCCCUUUAGGAUUUUUGCCAACUCCAGCAAUACCUACUGAAAUAAAAUGGAAGAAAGAGGCAUCUUCCCAAGACUUUCUGGAAGUGUGAAGAGACCAUGGCUGGCUCAAAAGGGCAGUAAUGGAAGGCAAGGCUCUUGAACAAGAGAAACUCUUUGGGAGCAGAAUGGAUCAAGGUUGAUGUCAGAAUUCUGGAAGAUGUUUUUGUUUUCUUCUGAAACGUAGUCUAUGGAUCUAAGGCAAGAAGUGAAAAAAGUUGGACUCAAUGAUUGACAAUAUCUAAUGAUCACAAUUAAGACAGCAGAAGUUUGGGAUCGGGAGAAAAAGUUGGUCUUCAUCACCAGCCAUCAUUAGGACUGUCAUGUAUGCAUGAAUUGUAAAUUCAAGAGGUUUUAAGCAAGCAGGGGAAAGGCUUUUUCCCCUUUAGAAUAGGGAGGCUAUCCUUUAGGAAUUUCAAAAGCAUGAAUAUACUGUAAAGUGAGCAGGGAAACGACCUAUUUGCCUUUGUUAGGGUGCAACUAAGAAUAGUCGUCCUCGUUAGUCGUUUUGCAUAGAACAAUUCAUUUUUCCACUGAAUAACAAUAUUGGUUCUCUUCUCUCGUAGCUCGUGGAAUGGGCAAUAUGUCCUUUUUAUGUUGGUUAUUUAAAUCCCCAUUAUUGCUUCAGUCCAUGCUUAUUAGAGCUUGACUAAAUGAGAAGGGGCCUAGCUUACUGUCUUUUUCCUUCUUUUAAUUCUUCACAAAUGUAAAAAUAAAUAAUCAGUUAUCAGAUUCUAGAACUUGAAUAGGCAAUUCUGAUUGAUAACGAUCCAUAUUGUUUCUGAUUGUUCAUCAUUUAUUGUAAUUGCAGACCUAUUCAUGAUGUCAGAAUACUGAAGACAACUGUAAAGGAUUAAUACUGAAGCUAUCAAUUCGAUGCAUCUCUGCUCACUAGCAAUAUCCAUUAUUAUCAGCGCUUACUGCUGCUCGAAUACCUGUUGUGAGUUCAUUGAUCCUAGUAUUCCUGAAAACAGAUUAUUGUAUCAAGUGUUUGCAUUAAUUAGCAUAGACAAAACAAAUUGUGAUCUACCAUCCUGUAACAUCCCAUCCCCGUAAUUUCGCUCCCCCUUGAAGUAUGCGUUUGUACAUUUGCUCGAAUACAGGCAGGUUAAAUGAUGUGAUAUGCAACCUAAGGGCUGCUAUUUAACAUGAAUGCAACCGAACAUUGAUCGAAGCAACAUGAUUUACCAUACUCUAUCUUGGGUAGUAGUAAGAUUUGAUUUGAUAUCUCUUACGGCC